CCGGCUGAGGCCGUCUGUCCCCUCGACUCGCGGCGGUCUCAGAUGGCAGCGGCCGCGGGACGCGCACCAUGUCUCUCGGUCUGCUGUGCCCGCUGCUGCGGCUCCUUGUACUGGGGCUCGGGCUGCCGCUGCUGUGCGCCGCGGCUGGGGAGCCGGUGUCAGGCACCACUCCGUGCUCUCGUGGCAGCUCUUGGAGCGCGGACCUCGACAAGUGCAUGGACUGCGCGUCUUGUCCAGCGCGACCGCACAGCGACUUCUGCCUGGGCUGCGCAGGGGCCCCUUCAGCCUCCUUCGGGCUGCUGUGGCCCAUCUUGGGGGGCGCCAUGAGCCUGGCCCUCCUGCUGGGGCUACUUUCCGGCUUCCUGGUCUGGAGACAGUGCCGCAGGAGAGAAAAGUUUACCACUCCCAUCGAGGAGACCGGUGGGGAGGGCUGUCCCGGUGUGGCACUGAUCCAGUGACAAUGAGUGUCCCAGUCAGCAGGAGGCGGUGCCCACUCUUCAUUCAUUCAUUCAUUCAUUCAUUCAUAGCCAGCCCCUGCCUCCCAGACACAGCCAGAGCCAGGCUGCUCUGGUCAUGGGGGUGUGCAGGGAUGGGGGACAGGUGAAUCACUUCUCUGAGGCCUGGAUCCAGAGUUCUGGCUCUAUGACAGAAGAGGAGACCCAGGCCUGCUCACACCAGAUCACUGACAUGAAGAAGUGCAACGUUUGCAGAAGGGUCCCCUACCCCCAUGGUCUGGGGGUCAGGCUGAAGUGAGGGGCAGAGAGAACACCAUGCCCCAUCCACUCAGAUGUGCUGAAAUUUCAGCACUGGGGUCUCAGCCUGGGGGGGCAAGUUAGGGAUCUGUUCCUAACCCUAGGGGGCUGGCCCUCUAGGGGGGCUGGCCCUGAGACACUGCACCCUCAACUUUCAAAGAGGGGAGAGAUAUUUAUUUGGGGGAGAAAGUUUGGAGGGAUAGGAGAAUUUAUUAAUAAAAGAAUCUUUAACUUUAAAUGGAUUGGAGAGUGGCAUGAUUCCCCAGUCUGAACUUCCCAGAGCUAGAGGGAGGAGUGAGUCAGCCGCGGGGGCGGGGGUGAGGCUCUGACUCACACAUUCUCAAUGCUUGAGCCCAGUCUGCCAGGACCUGGGCAGGCCCUGACCGUUUUUUUUUUCAGGGAAGAUCUUAAGGAGAAACCCCAGCAUUUGGUGCCCCAACCCUGCCCUGUCUUCCCAGGUUCCAGACUGAAGUCAUCAUCUAUCUGUUCAGCAUUCUUUAUUCAAUUCUUCUUGGCAGAAGGGAGGAGACUGCUUCCCUUUCCAUGUGGCUGUCCCUCCUGUCCCUCCUACCCCAG